UUGCAUCUAGUUGCUACCGCAGCUCGAGAAGCUGUGUUAACGCUGGUUGAAGAUGAUGGCUGCUAACAGGCCUAAGGUCACUCGUAAUGUUACUGUGUGUACCAUGAUGCCGCUACGGCGGUGCAUAGAGAAUCAUAUGGGGGAUAUUAGUCAGUGUGUGAAGGAGGUUCGAGACUUCGAACGAACAUGCAAUAAGCGGAAGCACUAUGUACAUGAUCGUGAUGGCCUCGAUGACUGCAGGAGUGGUCUCUACGGCUCUAAGCAGACAGUUUGAGUGCCUCUUUGUUGGGCUCAUGUAGCAGUUACUAAAGCGAGAGAAGAGUUUUUCGUGAUGAUC